GGCAUCAAAGUUGGUUGCUCCUCCCCCUCUCUUCUGGUUCUCCUCUUCCCCUGCGCCCCUUCGCCAUGGCCUACCGCCGCAAGCAGGGCCCCGUCGCCGCCGACGAUCGCCGGAGCUCCUACCCCCAGCCGCAGGGUUCUUCUUCAUCAUUCAGUUACACAUCAAUAAAAAGUAUGAACGAGCCCAAGGUUGGGCUUUGGGGAACUUUGGCAAGAAAAGCCAAGGGAAUUCUCGAUGAGGAUGGCGUGGCACAUAAGUCUGAUAACUACACAAAAGAAAAGACCCCUCACAAGUUUGAUUCAUCCAGUGGAGCUCAGGAAUCUCGAUCUCGCUGGUCAUUUGAAAACCACAAGAGGACAGGAGAUACUGGGUCCCUGACAAGGUCGGAAGCUCUUGCUGCUUCUGUCAACCAAUUUGGUGGAAAACUCAGAGAUGCCUUGGAAGAAGGACUCACAAUUGUGGACAAUAAGGCAUCCAAUAUCAUCGAGGAGACAAAGAAGAUACAAAUUAGAAGGAAGCAAGCCAAUUCAAAUUCUUAUAUGCCAAGCCCAACGUUGGAUACAUUCAGAACUCCUAAUCUUGCACAUGAUCGAGCUGAACCUGCAGCGCAGGAAACCCAAUUAAAAGCUUCCCGCGAUGUUGCUAAUGCAAUGGCUGCUAAAGCAAAACUUGUGCUCCGUGAACUAAAAGCCGUAAAAGCUGAUCUAGCUUUUGCAAAGCAGCGAUGUGCUCAGCUAGAAGAAGAGAACAAGUUCUUGCGAGAAGCAAAGCAGAAAGGCAGCAAAACUGAAGAGGAUGAUGACCUGAUUCGUGUGCAACUAGAGACCUUGUUGGCUGAGAAAUCAAGGCUGGCACAGGAAAACUCCAUGUAUGCACGCGAAAAUCGCUUCCUGCGUGAGAUAGUAGAUUUUCAUCAAUUCACCACCCAUGAUGUUGCCCCCUUGGAUGAUAGUGACAUGGAAGAAGAUAACAAACCAGGAGAAGAUAGCAACCAAACCUACUCGGAAGAUAUGUUUCCAGUAGUUGAAGCUUAUUUAGAUCGUGAAGAACUAUCCCCUGUCCCCUCCAGGCCAGGAUCUCCAAUCCUCAGCUCGCAUGAGUCGUCACCCCCCAAACCCAUCCAUUCUCAAAUUAGUGCUGCCAAUUUACCGAACAAUGUCUCAAAGCCAAAUCAAUUGGUGCAUGGCACAAAUUGACGCAUCUUAUUGUCUUCUCUGGUUCUGGAAUUGGUUUGGUUGCGACUGCUGUGCAUAUUUGUUUUUCUCCAUUCUUCAUCCACAUUGGUUUGCAACUGUAGUUUAGAUAUAGGUUUCAGGUUUUGUGUAUGGCAUGGGUUCUGUGUAGUUUUGGUGAGAUUGACUGGUGUAAUACAUAGAUAAAGCUUGGAAUUCUCAGUAUAGGGUUUGAUGGCGUGAAUAGCCAAAACGAGAGAGAAAAAAAAAGGUUUUCAGGAGUGAGUUUACCACUUGUGUACUGAAGUUGGUGCAAGCUAAUGAUGAAAUGCAGUUUUUUGUCACUUCAUGUUAUACAUGACUCUAGAACUUUGAUUUAUAUUCUUCCAUUCUGGUGUUCAA